AUGAUAAGGACCUCUGACGUGGUCGACAUCAUUACAAACAUCGACGGAGUUCGCGAUGUCGAAGUACAUCUUACGCAUGAUGAAAUCGUUAUCUACUGUGUGCGACUGGCCAAUGUGCAGCUGGGCAUCGAUGUGAGCGGUCUGGAUUUGAAGGGCGAAUUAAAAGCUUCCGACUUCGACUACCUGGUUGUGGAUGAAAUAAUUGGCGGUUUAACAAACCUUCUGCAUAAAGUGACGAACACGAGGAAUGGGAAUCACGUGGCAGUACGGAUAUUUGGACACAAGACCGAUGAAUUCAUUGACCGUUCUCGCGAGCGUAUAAUCCAAAAUCACCUUUGUCUACAGGGGUUCGCUAAGCACGUGUAUGCUCACUUCGAGGGAGGUCAGAUUGAGGAGUGGCUUCCGGGCGAAGCGGUGUCUGACGCUGAUUUCCACAGCUACAAGUACAGCCAUCUGAUCGCACGGCAACUACACCGGUUGCAUACCUUGCCAGGCCAGCGUGAGCUGUAUCUGCAGCUGCAUCCACACGUCUCGGCGGAUGGAGAAGUGAAAUUCGAAUCCGCGCUGUGGCCAAGCGUCUGGAAGUUUUAUGACCUUUGCAUGGCCAACAUAGGGCAGCUGGAGCCGAUAAUCUCGGGGAAGUUCAGCCUCACUGAACUCAAAGAACACAUCAAAAGAAUGCAAACAUACUGCGACAGUGCAAGGUCACCCGUUGUUUUGUGCCACUGUGACCUUUUGAAUGCAAACGUGAUAAUAAACGGACCGGAAGAAGCCACUUUUCUGGACUUCGAAUAUGCGUGCUUUAUGGAGCGUGGUUUCGACAUUGCAAACCACUUUAUUGAGCACUGUGGCAUCGAAUGCAAUUGGGAAGAUAUACCGGAUGAAGUGGAGCAACGACGGUUUCUUGCUCAUUAUCUCGGAGACACGGCCACAGACUCCGAUGUUGACAUGUUAUACAUGGAAAUACAGCCAUUUUUCAUCGCUGCCAAUGUAUAUUGGGGACUUUGGGGAUUUCUUCAAUGCAUAUAUUCGUCACACGACGUCGACUACCCUCACUACGCUAGGAGUCGCGUAACGUGUGCGAUUCAUGACGACCGUUGGAAGUUAUUCGACUGCAGAGAUGUGUCUAUAGACAACGCUUAA